AUGGAAUCACUGGAAUUGUGUAGUCAUAUCUCAAUAACACCGCAGAUGAUAAUUGAAGCUGUAAAAAGACUUCAACUACUUAAAAUUUAUGUUCCAUCAAAUCUUAUUAGUGAAUAUUUACGUCAUUCCUAUCCAGUUAAAAGUAAUAUAAAAACGUUUAAUGAAGAAUUAAGAAAAAAAUUAAAUUGUGCUGUACGUGUUGGAUUAAUACUAAAACAUGGAGAAGAUUCUUAUUACUUACCUACUUUAAGACAAGAAGCAAAUACACUCAAAACAGCAUUUACUGCAUUUUGGGAAAUAUAUAAAAACUGGUCUAAAUUCCAUAUUUCACAAACCAAAAAUCAAAAUAGAAAUCAUUCUACAUUUAAAAAACGAACCAAUUACAAAUAA